CUCGACUCGACUAAGGGAGUCGAGUCACUCGAGUCGACUAACUUAGUCGAGACGCACAGCUUUCCGGUGAACACGGAACCCUAAGAUAUUUCUCGCGCACCUCUAAAAUUUUCCUUCCCACGCCACCCUCACAAUCAACCGUCUUUCAUCUUCUUGACUCGACUCUUCAAAGGCGAAUGUUGCACACUCCACAAGCAAGUCAAGACAACUAUAAUAACUAUUGUACUCAUCAUGGACUACCUUACGACAUCCUUGCUGCCAUCCGGCAAUCGCCUGGUGACAGAGGCGGUGUGUCCUGGUCUGAUGUCGAAACCAGCGGUGAUUGACAAGGCCAAUGACAAAGCCGUUAUCAUUCCGAGGCUGAUCAAAGAAGUGGACAUUCAAAGCACCGCUGAUGCGCUCUUGUUGGGAACCAACAGUACCAGUGAAACGGUGCGAUGGAUUGUGGGAACUCCAUCGGGACCAACUUUUUGGUGGAUGGUGCUCGACAAUGGGGAUCAGUAUCGAAUGACAUCUUCUCUUGGAGAUGAUGAUACUAGUAGUGAUGACAUGAAUGCAGCAGCAGUCCUGCCUUGGAGUACAGUGGACAGUGCAGAUCGUCCCUUGGUGAUCAGCAGUAGAGACUCCACAAGGAAGGACGGCAAUGAGACUAUGCAGUAUUCUCCAUUUCCUCAGCCAUCCAUCACCUCUCCUCUCAGUGCCGCUGUUCCCACACCCAAUGGAGGAUUCUUGCUAGUACAACAGCAGCAUACUUCUACCACAGGCAACACCUAUCAACUCACACAAUUGACGGCCAAUUACUCAGAUGUAACUCACUCCAGUUUGUGGGCAUCGGCUCUGGAUCCACUCCCAGAUGCUUCCAUUUCGUACUCGCACAAGCACCAACUCUGGGCGGUCUACACGGCCUCCACGGAUCGCUACAAUCAUGCCGUUGUGGGGGAUGCUUUAGAGGCACACGCACUCACUGUCCUCCAGUGGAAUGCAGAAACAGAAUCGGUAGAAAUACAUGCUCAAGUCACCCUACAAGACGAAGAGGAAGAAGACACCGUCUUUGAGGGAUUGGGAGUGAUUUGGGCCGAUGUCAAUGGGGAUGGGCAAGAGGAUUUGGUCACCACCAUUUCCAAUCGUGCAGUUGGAGCACGGCUGCGGGUCUACACGCUUACGACGGCAUCAGCAGAUGCUAAUGAACGACAAGAGCUUACUCUGUUGGCACAAGCACCGGCCAUUGGAGUAGGAGGCAGGUGGCUGCAUCAGUUGGCAGUGGGCAACCUGGGACCACAAGGAGAGACGGAAGUAGUAGAGAUUCGCACACCUCAUAUUGGGGGUAUUGUACGGUACUAUCAAUGGGACGGCAGCGAUGAACUGCAACUGGUUGCAUCCUCCCAACGGUAUACCUCCCAUGACAUUCGGUCUCGCAAUUUGGAUCGUGCCGUGGUGUUUGACUUAAACGGUGACGGAAUUCCCGAACUCGUCGUCCAGAAUCAAGACAAGGACACAUUGGUGGGAUUACAACGAACAAACAACAAUAAUGAGGGAGUGGAAACUGUGUGGUCCAUACCCUUGUCCAGCCCGGUAGAGUCCAAUCUUGCCGUCGGUUGUUCCAGUGAUCCGGACAUCUUGGAACUCUUGUUUUCCACCCAAGACCAGAAUCUUGUCAAGCUACAAUUUGCACCCGCCAACAUUAGUGGCGACAUUGAUGACAUUGUGGGUUCCCGCAUUGUGGACACUACUUCUGGAGUCCAUUUUGGCUACGAAGCAACGCAUGGCUCCUUGAGAUUCGUGCUUUCUCUAAUCUUCAUGGGAAUACACGCCAUUGGCAUGUUCUAAUGGAAGAUGCUUCUCCUGAGAUGGAAGCAGUGAUGGUAUGGGACAAAGCAUGAUUCAAGUAGUAACAAUUCUUUGCAGCAGAUCUUGCAUCUUUGAGAAAUGGACAAAUGUCGUAAUGUAUUGGCUCAUUGGUGUACAUGUAAUAAUAGGAUGACCUUCCCGUGCAAGGCAUGGCGUACCGGUUCUUGUCAACGCAGCUGGGGGCUCGUCAGGAGACAGCUACCUAGUUUUUAAGUCUUCACCAGUAGCAUAGGCGAAUAGUCAUGAUUGCUUAAUAGAUACGCCAUACGGAUUCGC